AUGGCUGAAACACAAAGCGGCCCUUCUAAUAGUCGUAAACGCAAAUACCGAUCAGACGGUGUAUCGCCCACCUGGGUAAAGCGUUCGAUCGAAGGACCAGGGAUAUGGGCGACUUGUGUAAAGGGGAAGGAAAAAGGAACAGUUGGCGAGCUGUAUGAUCUAUUUGAAUCGCUAGCAGCUGACAUGUGGCCCACAGAAGGGCUUGAUUCCUCUAGCGCUGCUAAUAACGAUCGGGAUAAUAACUCAGACGCGGAUGAGAAUGAAGACGAUCUAGAGACGCAGAUUGCAAAAGAGGUAGCUGCGCUGAAACGGCCAAAAGUGGAGAAGCGGUUCGCCAACUGCCUCACAAACACACAAUGCGUGAUUUUCAUGUCAUGUAAACCCCCUGUGGACCCUGUAAAACUGGUGAUGAAACACGUAGACAACGUCCAAAAGACAGGCGUCACUAGAACAAAAUGCACACAUCGACUAACACCAGUCUCAGGCACAUGCGUCGCAAACCUCCCAGAACUGCACUCUUUAUGCCGUCGAACAGUCGCCGCGUACACUGCUCAUGAAAAAGGCGAAGACGAAGAGUCUCCAAGAGCUCGCAAGUACAAAAUCGAAUUACGCAUCCGCAACCACAACACGUUAACACGAAUGGAGAUCAUCCAAGAAGUAGCUAAAUGCAUGCCGGCGGGGUAUACCGUUGACCUCGAUAAUCCUGACGUGUUCGUUUUGGUGGAGGUUUUCAAGAGCACUUUUGGUAUGAGCAUCGUGGAAGAUUAUUAUCGGUUUCAGAAAUUCAACGUUAUGGAACUUGCGAAUGCGCGGAAUGAGCCGGAGAGGUUUGAAAAGGGGGCGGGGCGUGUACAGGAUAAGAAACGAGAUGGGGAUGUGUAG